AUGGCUUCCGCAGUAGAAGCAGCGAAACGCAAGGCCAAUGAGGCUCUCAACGCUGCCAAAGUUGCCGCAGAAGACGCUCCGGCAGCAAUGCAGAAGGCAUCCGAGAAUCCCCAGAAAGCGACACAAGACUUCUUGCACAGUCCAUUCAUGCGAACGGCGCUACCCUUCGUCAAUGGAGGUGCGGCAGGUAUGGUCGCGACAUCCGUCAUCCAGCCAAUCGAUAUGAUCAAGGUCCGGUUACAACUCGCCGGCGAAGGCGUCAAGACCGGGCCCAAGCCCACACCCAUAACGGUCACAAGAGAUAUCAUUGCCGCGGGCAAGGUCAUGGAUCUUUACACUGGUCUUUCUGCUGGCUUGCUGCGACAGGCGGUAUACACCACAGCACGUCUCGGUUUCUUCGACACUUUCAUGAAGAGCCUGGGUGCAAGAGCAGAAGCUAAUGGCCAGAAGAUCGGGUUCAAAGAGCGAGCGGCUGCUGGUUUGUCGGCUGGUGGUAUCGCGGCCUUCGUUGGUAAUCCCGCGGACUUGGCCUUGAUCCGGAUGCAGAGUGAUGGGUUGAAGCCAAAGGCUGAACGAGCCAACUACCGUGGUGUCGGAGAUGCGCUGACGAGGAUCGCGAAGAACGAAGGCGUUGCUCGUCUGUGGGCAGGUGCCACUCCAACCGUGAUUCGUGCCAUGGCAUUGAACUUCGGCCAGCUUGCAUUCUUCUCGGAAGCCAAGUCACAGCUCAAAGACACAUCUCUAGGUCCAAGAGCGCAGACUUUGACUGCCUCUGCGAUUGCUGGAUUCUUCGCGUCAUUCUUCAGUUUGCCAUUUGACUUCAUCAAGACCCGUCUCCAGAAGCAGAGCAGGAAACCGGAUGGCACCAUGCCAUACAAGAACUUCCUGGACUGUGCCCAGAAGGUGAUCCGGGAAGAAGGUCCGCUGCGAUUCUAUCGAGGUUUCACCACAUACUAUACCCGUAUUGCGCCGCACGCCAUGGUGACCUUGAUAGUUGCUGAUUAUUUGAACUUCAUCACGAAGUAA